GGAACAUAAUUAAGUCCAUUGAAGUAUUGUUGUGGAAAAUAUCCUGAAUCUUUGCCAGAAAUGACGAUUUGUUGUUAAAUUGUUGAGGAAAUUAUUUCCAAUCAUUCCCUCCCAAACACAUUCACCCAUUUCAUUUAAGCAAGUUCCGUAUUAUUUCUGGACAGAAAGCCUAGCUGACAGACAUCGGAAGACUUUACAGACUAUCGUUUUUAGUAUUCGAGUUUCUGUUAUAGUAAUGUCGGUGCAAUGUAUCACUAGUUCAAGUCACAGAGAAACAGCAGCCAGAGUAGUCUACGCGUUUCACGUUCAUUUCCUGCAUAAACUAUAGCUCCAACCCUAAAUUGUGUGAGCAGACGGAGCGUCCUGUCAGCUGAGCACAAGAUUCGAUUCUUCGCCUCCUUUGACAGCGAAGUAGCCACACUGAGACACCCGGAAGGUGCACAGACGAGGGAGAACCACAAUGAACCGCUUCAAGACUUCGAAAUUCAAAAAUACCACCCCGAAAAUUCCUAAAAAAGAUGGCUGGAUUGGUGGUGUGCGGGCUGGGUCCAAUAACUCUCAAGGAAACCAGAUCAAGUCCAGCUGUGACUUUGUAGCUUUCAGCUCAGACCAGGGGGCUGGUGGAAUGGUGGGCCUGACAUCAGUGGGGGCUGGUGCUGAUGGGAAGUGGCCAGUGGUCUACCUGGCCUGUCAUGCUGACCAAGUGACAGAUCUGGACUUCUCACCAUUUGACAAUGACCUUCUGGCAACAUGUUCUGCUGAUGAAACAGUUAAACUCUGGCGUGUGUGCGGGGUGGAGGACCAAGUUGUGGAGCCUGAGGUAACUCUGUGCCCAGGCUCAGGCCGUUUAGAGCUGGUCCUCUUCCACCCCUCUGCUGGUGGUCUACUUGCUGUAAGCUCCAGUCAAGCUGUGCAGCUAUGGGAUAUCACCCGAGAUUCAGCCUUGGCAGUUUUGGAGCAGCAUCCUGACCACCUGCAAAGUUUCUCCUGGAAACAAGAUGGCUCUUUGCUGGCAACUUCUUGUAAAGAUAAGAAGCUGCGCAUCUUUGACCCCAGAGCUCAGCUGACCUCUGUACAGAGUGUUGCAGGCCUGCAGAACAACCGGGACUCGUGCGUCCUCUGGGUUAGAGAUGACUGCUUCCUGAGCACAGGCUUCAACCAGGUCCGCCAGCAGGAGGUGAGACUGUGGGACAGCAGAAAGCUGAAUUCCUCUCUGGCUUCCGUGUCCUUGGGUACCUCCACAGGAAUCCUGAUGCCAUUGUUUGACCAAGACUCUGGCCUCCUAGUGGUGUCUGGAAAGGGGGAUUCUGGUAUUGACUGCUAUGAGAUUUCAUCUGUAGAGCCCCACUUGCCACAAGUGAGUCAUUGCCUGACUGAAUCAUCCAGCCGCGGCGUUGCCUUGGUCCCCAAACUGGCCUUGGAUGUUGGCUCCUGUGAGGUCAUGCGUGUGCUGCAACUGACAGAGAACUUCAUUGUGCCUGUUAGCUAUCAUGUACCACGCAAGUCUGGACAGGACUUCCAUGCUGACCUAUAUCCUGACACGCUGGGGCAGACAGCUGCUAUGACCACAGAGGAGUGGUGGGGUGGAGACAACAAACAGGUGGUGAGGGUCAGCCUUCACCCAGACAAACGUACCAAGUCCAGUUCCAAAACAGCCAGUCGGCAACCAGCUCCACCACUAGCCACUCAAAAGAGCAAAGAGAAGUCUGUGUCCAGCAGUGAGCUGAGUUCGGGCAGUUCGAGCAUGGCUCAGUCCCGCUCCGCCUCCUCCACCAGCGGCCUGGCGUCCAGCUGCCUGCCCAGCCCCUCCUCCACGGCCAGCGCACGCCAGCUGCAGGGCAUGCUGGGUCCAAGCUCUAAGUUUCGACAUAUUCAGGGAAAUGUUCAGCACCGUGACACACAUAUUACCAAUCUGCGUGGGCUCAACCUCACUACACCAGGAGAGUGUGAUGGCUUCUGCUCCAGUCAGCAUCAUGUGGCAGUACCCCUGAACAUUGCGGGAGGACAAAUAGCUGUGUUUGAGCUGUCUCAACCAGGGAAGCUUCCUGACACAGCCCUGCCCACCAUUCAGAACUCAGUCAGUGUGGCUGACUUCUGCUGGGACCCAUUCAACCCCCACAGAUUAGCUGUUGCUGGAGAGGACGCUAAGAUCCGCAUCUGGUUGGUGCCUGAGGGGGGUCUAACUGAAACUCUGACGGAGCCUGAGUGUGUGCUCCCGGGUCACACUGAGAAGAUCUACUCCAUCAGGUUCCACCCUCAUGCCUCUGGCCUGUUGGUCUCCUCUUCUUAUGACCUCAGUGUGCGUUUGUGGGACCUCCAGUCAGGAAAGGAAGUUAAGAAGCUAAAGGGACAUGAUGACCAGAUCUUUGGAAUGGCCUGGAGCCCAGAUGGUAUGCUGCUAGCAACAGUGUGCAAGGAUGGGAAGGUUCGUGUGUAUGACCCACGCAAGUCUGAUGCGCCCAUUCAGGAGGGGCCGGGGCCCGAGGGCCACAGAGGGGCCCGUAUUGUCUGGGUCCUGGGUGGAAAAUAUCUGCUGGUGUCUGGUUUUGACAAUCGCAGUGAGCGGCAGCUGUACCUGAUAUCUGCUGAGUCUGUGAGUGCAGGGCCCAUUGCGAACGUCUCGGCUGAUGUCUCCCCCUCCACCCUCAUCCCCUUUUAUGACCCUGACACCAGUGUCGUCUUCCUCACUGGCAAGGGUGACACCCGAGUCUACAUCUAUGACAUUGUGCCAGAAGAGCCCUAUUUCUUGGAGUGCAGCAGCUUCCAUUCCUCUGAGCCACACAAGGGUUUCUCCUUCCUUGCAAAGACAUUGUGUGAUGUGAGAGAUGUAGAGGUGGCCCGUGCGCUCCGUCUCAGCAAGACCACUAUAGAGCCUAUUGCCUUCAGGGUCCCACGUGUUAGGAAAGAGUUUUUCCAAGAUGAUGUGUUCCCUGAGACAGCUGUGUGGUGGGAAUCCUCUCUCUCUGCUGCUGAUUGGCUCACUGGGUCCAACCAGCAGCACCGCAAAAUCAGCCUGCAGCCUAAAGAUAUGACACCUGUGAGUGAAGCACCAAAAGAAGCUCCUGUGCGCAAAUACUUGCCCUCUUCAGUUUACCUGGAAGAGAAAACUGAUGAGCAGAAAAAAGAUGAGUUGCUCAGUGCCAUGGUGGCAAAGCUUGGGAACUUGGAUGACCCACUGCCACAAGAAUCUUUUGAGGGUGUAGAUGAGGAUGAAUGGGAUGAUUAGGACUGACAUCUGGACCAGCUUCUGUCAGUUUUCCGAUUCGCCAUGUCAGAGUGCCAAUCAACAGGAAUAUGCCCUAUUCACAAACACACUCACAAAAUUCAGUUUUAACAGAUACACUCCUGUUAUGGUUAUGGUUUCUUUUGUCUAUUGCUGUUAAUAUUUCCUCCUCCUUGCACUCUGAUGCUGCCUGUCUUAUAACCCAUCGAGGGUAUGGAAUUUCUCCACCAGUCUUAAUUAGAUAAGAUGCUGUAGGAUACCAUGCAGCACACAUAUACAGUAUCUACACACUCUUUCACACUCUUUCACACAUAGGCUACUCUCUUCCUUCCCAGUCACACACAACACACACAAGCCCAUGCAAAGUGGCUUCUUGUAAUGUUGUGUGUAUGAAGAUGGCCAUGAAACUGUUUGACUGUUAAACAUUUGUGAUGGUGGGUUAAAUAGUGGUGCUUGCUUCCCCUUCAGUGUAUGCCCAGAUUCUUAUUCUGGGCCAUUGUCUUUCCUUGCACUGAUCCUAAGACACUUAUUAGAUGUAGAUUGUGGAUUAACUUUAGGCUAUAACUGGAAAGUUACUGUACUGUAUGCCAGUCUGUUCUUAGUGUUUUGCUCAGUACAUUCCAUGUUUUUUUUCCAUUUCUUGAAUUAUUUUCAGUGUCUGUUGCUAAUGACAAUGUCACCCAUUUUUGACAACAAUGGAUAAUGUUUUCUUAUGACCGUUUUGUAUACAAUCUUGUGCAGUAUAGUUUAGUCGGGUAAACUGAGUCUUCUGUUGCCUUUGGUGACCAAGUUUAGAUUACUUGCCAUAUUACUACACAUCACUGAGCUUGUUCACUUUCCAUCACUUUUUGAUGAGAAGAGAUGAGAAUGAAAUGAAAAGAAAUAAACGUGUUUUGAAAAAAAUGCAUUUUGAUCAACACUGUAAAAAGUCUUGAUGGAAUGUUGCCUUGCAGUAAAAAUGUCAUGUAUUUUGACCAA